CUAAUCCAGGAUAACUUACAAAUAAUAUUAUUAUUUUAUAAGUUAUAUUAUAUUACAGUUAAAACUAUUUUUUUUAAAAAUGCAAAUAUUAUCAUUAGUAUUGCCAAACAAACUACUUAUUAGUUUAAUCAUAAUUUUAUAUUAUGCUAAUUGUAAUGCAGCACCCACCACUGGUAUUAAUGCCGAUGUCGAUAGUAGCUACCCGGCCAUCGACAUAGGCGAACUAAUUAAUAAAGCUGGUUUCGGUUUUGUUAACGUCCUAAUCGGCAAACAGGUCAACCAGUUUAGCAACGAUAUGAACCAAGUGUUCCUGAAGGCUGGCACCGAUAGCCAACACUUUGACUAUAUUGUACGCCAUAAUAUCGGCGAACUGGUGGACACUUGGCAAUGGGUUGUCGACUAUCAUCGUCGACUGCACAGCGAUCACGGACCCGAAGUCUAUGGCCAACGAUUGGAUUCGGUAGUCCAGGCACUCGGUCAGCUGUCCCAGUCGAUUGACAAAAUUUUCGACCCGAAACUCGGUGGCCAAACGGACGCUAGCGAUGAUGAUGGCCUGGAGCCGGUAUCGGCUGAUAUAAAAAAUUUGCUAACAAUGGCCGUCAAUUCAAUCGGUCCAUUGAUUAGCAAACAACUUGAAGACGGUUUGGUUGGCUUUUUUGAUAGUGUUUUUGCAGCCAUCAACCAGGCUAUGAACUGGUCGCUGGCCAAACACUACGGGGAACUGGGCGUUAAUGCUGAACAAUUGCCCGACAAGUAUGCCUACCUGAGCCAAUUUCAACAUGAAUGGUCCAAACAGUUUGCUAGUAUACAUGAAAUAUUAUCAAAAAAAUAGUUUAGUUUGUUGUUGUUGUUGUUUAUUAUUAUUAUUUUAUUUAAUCAACU